AUGCAGAUCUUUGUGAAGACUCUGACUGGAAAGACAAUAACUCUGGAGGUGGAGGCUUCAGACACGAUUGAAAACGUAAAGACAAAGAUCCAGGACAAAGAAGGUAUUCCGCCAGAUCAGCAGCGACUGAUUUUUGCAGGGAAGCAGCUUGAGGACGGAAGAUCCCUGUCUGACUACAACAUUCAGAAGGAGUCCACGCUUCAUUUGGUUCUUAGAUUGAGAGGAGGAUAUUAA